CUCAGCCUCCUACCUAGCCGCUUCAGCUCAACAGCUAAGAGUACGCCCGUCCCUGUUAGCACAUAAGCAUCAAGACGCACCUUGCAGAGAGUGUAGAAGCAGGCUUGAUCCCACACUCUUUCAAAAGCCAAGCCAGUGCAGGGAUGGCUGACCCAGCAACGGCCACUUCCGCCUCGGCCUCGGCCGCUUCGGCCGGUACAAAGAUGGACGUAGAUACUCCGGCGAGCAAGUCUCAGAGGUUUCAAGUAAAGAAGUGGAACGCAGUCUGUCUCUGGAGCUGGGACAUUGUAGUCGACAAUUGCGCCAUCUGCAGGAAUCACAUCAUGGACUUAUGCAUCGAGUGUCAAGCCAAUCAAGGUAGCGCCACUAGCGAGGAGUGCACCGUCGCAUGGGGUCAAUGCAACCACGCCUUCCACUUCCACUGCAUCUCACGAUGGCUAAAGACUCGUCACGUAUGCCCACUAGACAACCGAGAGUGGGAGCUCAACAGAUACGGUCGUUGAGGCUUUUGCCUGCAGGCUGCCAUAUUCCCUCUUGUCAUUCCUCGACAAGGUUCACAUACGUCUGGAUGCCUUCUACUGGACCUGCCCGCCUGCCUGCU